GCUGCUAAAAUUGAGUCGGCCGUUAGCAGCGCUACAGUCGUGUCACGCACGCGCUGCUAAAGAAAAAGUGGCGCUGCUGCAGCUACGUGUGAAAGCUCCUAUUGAAUGCCAUGUAUCGCGACAAACAGCACUACUUUUUAAGAUCGCCACUGGCGGCGAAGGCAACCCCUCAAAUCCGUCUGCAGCGCUACUUUUUUGUGAUCGUGGCUGCGUGUGAAAACCUCCAUUCAUCUUCAUUAUUUACCAGCGGCAGCGCUGCUGCUAUGUGGCCACGUGUGAAGGGGGCCUGAUUUAGUGUCCCCGGAGGACCUGAGGAAAAUAUAUGCUGGGUGUGCACUACACCUCGGCACUCAGUACCGAUGGCACGGUGCCUUCCUUGGGUCCUGGGACAUGAUGCAGGUUCUGUGGCUCCGGUGAACAAACCCCACCACCAUGACCAACCCCCAGGAGCUGCAGGGCUUUGGGGAGGAGACAGCCAACUACACCUUCAAGGACAGGCUUGACUGGCUGUUCCACGUCAACUCCCCCAGCGAGAUAUUCAAGGCUCAACCGACGUACUUCCUCUCUGAGUGGUCCUUUGUCAUCAUCGCCUCCCUCGCCCUCAUCCAUGCCUUCAUCGUGGGGGGCCGCUGGAAGUAUGUGUGGCUGGGCACCUACAUGCAUGGCGUCACCACAGAGCUCGUCUCCUUCUUCAUGCCAGACAUUGACAACUACUGGCACUCCCAGACCACUGUCAUAAUGCUGGGCCGCCGCCUGCCCUUCCACAUCCCUCUAAUCUAUCCAUCUUUCAUGUACCAUGCGGCCUACAUGGUGGCUCAUGCCAGGCUGCCACGCUGGGCCGAGCCAUUUGCAGCUGGACUGGUCGAGGUCCUCAUUGACCUUCCAUACGACAUCAUGGCAGUCAAGUUUGUGCACUGGACUUGGCAUGACACUGACCCCAACAUUUAUGACCGCCACUACUGGGUGCCUUGGAACUCCUACUACUUCCACCUCACCUUUGGCACAGCCUUCAACUUUGCUCUCCACUUCUGGCGGCGCAAGAUUACUGGCCAUGACGACAAGGAUCAGGCAGCCAGUCCUGGCAAGGAGAUACUGUGUGCCAUGCUGGCUGGGCUGUGUGGCAUGCCUGGAGGGGUGCUGCAGUUCCUCUUCCUUUACCACCCCCUCCAUGACACUCUUGGCAUUCACACCGAGAACUGCGUCUUUAUCAUUGUGGUUGUAUACUUCCUCAUUGUGUGGACAGCAGACCGAACUCCACCGCAUAACGCACGCAGCCAAAAAGCCUCAAGUGGACAUUUCCACUGGUCUGUGAUCAUCGUGGUGUUCAACAUGGUGCUGCACUAUGGCCUCUACCUGGGCAUGGCGCUCUUUGGCUCCCCUGAGAACGAAGUCUCUAUUGGUCUGCAUGAGCGCACAGGGCCAUGUGACGAGAAGACCAAGGUGUACACUGCCAUAGGAGGGGAGCUGGAGCGCAGGACGUACCUCUGCACCAAUGACUAUGACGAGGGCUACUUUGACUUCCACUGUUUGCCCGAGGGUAAGCCUGCGAGCAAUGGCAUGGAGUGGUAUACCAUCUGCGGCACGCCCUUCCCUAACCGCGCUGAGUACAUUUCUGCCAUCAUGCUGGUGUGCACUGUGGCAACAUUUGUGUACUACAACCUCUUGGUCCGCAGUUCUCGUACACUGUACCACCACAAGACAGCCCCUAAGAGGAAUUUUAAGAAACUUAAUUGAGGCCAAAUAGCAACAGUAUAUUGAAUUUGUGCUUUUAACAUGCCAAUAUUUUACAUUAAACACUGGCUGUGA